AUGGACACCGAGGACCAGUAUUACGUCUCCAGCCAGCUCUACAAGGAGCCCUGCGCCUAUCAGAGGUCUCAACCUCAGGAUUACAACCAGAGCCCUCCAGCCUGCCUGUACAUGGGCAGGCAAGCGCAGCAGCAGCAGCCGCCGCCGCAGCAGCCCCCUUACCCGAAUGUGCUAGGGGCCUUGGACCAAGGCAGCCCGGCAGACAUUUCCCCUUACGAGGUGCCCCCCAUCACCGAAGAUCCAGGUAUUUCCCAUCUCCAUCACCAUCCCCACCACCACCACCACCCCUCUCAGCUGCCUCACCCGCACCAGGAAGCGCUCCCCUUUGGAGAUGGGACGGACGCUGGGGUGUUAGAGGAGCCGAGAGUUCACUUGCCGUUCCCCUGGAUGAAAUCCACCAAAUCCCACGCCUGGAAGGGACAGUGGGCUGGCGGCUCCUUCGCGGUGGAGCGAGAGGAGAACAAGCGGACGAGGACAGCCUACACGCGGGCGCAGCUCCUGGAGCUGGAAAAGGAGUUUCUCUUCAACAAGUACAUCUCCCGGCCCCGCCGGGUGGAGCUGGCCGUCAUGCUGAACUUGACCGAGAGGCACAUCAAGAUCUGGUUCCAGAACCGGCGGAUGAAGUGGAAGAAGGAAGAGGAUAAGAAGCGAGGCCCCGGCGGCGGCGGCGGCGGCGGCCAGGAGCCGGAGCAAGACUGCGCGGUGUCUUCGGGAGAAGUGCCGGCGAAGGAGGAGACUGAAGAGGAGCGCCCGGCGGCGAGCCUGGCCUCCGUGGACCUGCUCCCCGCCAGCCCCAACGCCUCCCCCAGGAGGCAGCAAGACGCGCGGUGAAAGGAGCCGGUGAAAAACUCAGGAGCUGGUCUGGCCCCUCGCCGGGAUGUUUGGCACCGCCGUCGCAACGGCGAUUCGGCUGAAAAAGUCCUCGAGUGUCUCUAGUCCCAUCUCCUCCGAAAAUGGACGAAAGCGGGGGCAGCCAACCUGGCGCCCUCCAGAGGUUUACAACUGCCAUCAGCCCCAGCUGACCUGACGCCCUCGAGAUGUUGCGGGCUACAACCCCCAUCAGCCCCAGCCACUUUCGCUAAUGGUCCCACCAAUGGGACAGCUCCCAUAAUCACCUAAUGACCACUGCCCAUAGCUGCCUGGGGUUGAGCUAAGGUGGAGUCCAACAGCUCCUGAGCGGUGUCACCCAGUGGCGGCUGGUGGCUCUGAUGUCAGUGGGGCAGUGAAUCCGCUCCAGGUUUUAGUCUGAGCUUUCAAGGAGCUGUCCAAGGUGGAUAGUUCCUUGAAAGCUCAGGCUGAAAUCUGAAGCAGAUUCACUGCCCCGCUGACAUCGGAACCAAAAGCCUCUACUCAUCCCACCCCAGACCUCAGGAAACGGGGGGGGGGAGGGAGGAGAGAAAACAAAAGUAUUUCCCUUUCCAAAUCUUUCUGUUCCGUGUUUCUUGUACAUUUUUAAAAAAGAUGCAGUCCCUGUUAAGAAGCCUUUUAAAGAAAUGUGUUUAUUUUAAAUGUUUUUCAAGAAUGCAUAUUUAAAUGAUUGUUCUGUGUAAUAAAUAUUCAGACACUGAGAAAA